GCAGUUCGAUAUUCACUGUCAUCACAGGACUUGUUUAUUUAUUUUAAUUAAACAUCAUUAAAUUCAAUUAUAUUUUAUCAAUACUAAAACUGUAAAUUAAAUGAAAAUCAAUUAUUUAUGUAUUACUAUUAGUAAUAUUUUUAAUUAAGAAAAUGGUGCAUCUUACUAGAAUUUUAUUGUGUCUCAAGGAAUUCAAAAAACCUAGAAAGUAUCUUCGCUCAAAAUUUAUAGACUCCGUAAGACUUCACGUAAAAGGUGGGACAGGAGGCACAGGCCUACCAAAGUAUGGUGGGCUAGGUGGACAGGGUGGUUGUGUUUACUGUAUUGGCAAAGAGACCACAAAUUUAGGUUAUAUUAUGGGUAGACAUCGUGGAAAAACAUUAACUGCUGGCCAUGGAGAAGAUAGUCGUAAAACAAAAAUAGUGGGCACACCCGGUGACGAUAUAAAGCUUGAGGUACCACUCGGUGUUACUAUUUACAGAGAAGAUGGUAAAAAUAUUGGCUCUAUUGACAAAGAGGGACAAAUAAUUAUAGUAGCUAGAGGUGGACCAGGUGGAAACCCCCAAAAUAAUUUCUUAGGCCACUAUGGUCAAGCACAUCAUAUUAGGUUGGAUCUUAAAUUGAUUGCAGAUAUUGGCCUUGUCGGAUUUCCAAAUGCAGGAAAAAGUUCUCUUUUAAAGGCUAUAUCUCGAGCCAAGCCUAAGAUAGCUAGCUAUCCAUUCACAACCAUAAAGCCUAACAAAGGUGUCAUACACUUUCAAGACCUCAGGCAAAUAUCAAUAGCUGAUCUACCUGGCUUAAUAGAAGGAGCACAUGUCAAUGUUGGACUCGGACACUCAUUUCUGAAACAUGUGGAAAGAACAAAAAUCUUACUUUUUAUUGCUGAUGUUCAAGGAUUUCAGUUGGGUCCAAACUAUCCACGAAGAACUUGUUUAGAAACUGUACUUUUACUUAAUAAAGAAUUAGAACUUUAUGACCCACUACUAUUAGAAAAGCCAGCAAUCUUAGCUAUCAACAAAUUAGAUACACAAGGUGCAUCAACAAUAUUCAAUGAUGUCGUAAAAUCUCUAAAGAAUAUUCACAAUGUGAGAGGAAACUCAAGUAUUCCGCAAGACAUAAUCCCAGAAAAUAUAAUAUCAUUUCAAGAUGUCAUUGGUAUAUCAGCAUUGAAUGGAGAUGGUAUAGAAACAUUAAAGAAUUUGCUGAGGAAAAGGUUAGAUGACUAUGCUGAAGAGAUGAAUCCUGACAUUAUAGAAGCAAGUGAAUUAUUUAAGAAAAACAAUGAUAGAAUAAAAGAACUUAGACCGAUAAUUACAUAAUUAAGACUUUUGUAAAUACUGUAUUAUAAUGUAAACUACUUUGUU